AUGGCUGACCAAAUCAAGGCGAAGCUGCCACCUCCUCCCACGAAAUCGAAGGGCGGCAUCGAGCUCUUCUCACCAACUUAUUUUGCUGCUUGUACUUUGGGGGGUAUCAUUGCUUGCGGCCCUACCCACACAUCUGUCACACCACUUGAUCUUGUAAAAUGCCGCCGCCAAGUCGACCCUAAAAUAUAUUCCUCGAAUAUCCAAGCCUGGCGGACCAUCUACGCCAAAGAAGGGCUUCGAGGCGUCUUCUUCGGCUGGUCCCCAACUUUCGUCGGCUACUCAUUUCAAGGUGCCGGGAAAUAUGGGUUCUACGAAGUCUUCAAAAACCUCUACGGCGACAAACUCUUCCCCAAUGCACCAAAGACAAUCGUCUUCCUAGGUGCAUCCGCGAGCGCAGAGUUCCUAGCCGACAUCGCGCUUUGCCCAUUCGAGGCUAUCAAAGUCAGGAUGCAGACCUCGAUCCCACCGUUUGCGAAUACGAUGAGGGAGGGGUGGGGAAAGGUGACGCAGAAGGAAGGCCUCGGUGGAUUGUAUAAGGGGUUACAGCCGCUUUGGGGAAGACAGAUCCCAUACACAAUGGUCAAAUUUGCAACGUUUGAGAAGACCGUGGAGCAGAUUUACAAGACGCUCGGGAAGCCGAAGGACAGCUUCAACAUGUUGCAGCAGACAGGAGUCAGCUUUCUUGGAGGCUAUAUUGCGGGUAUUGGGUGUGCCGUCAUCAGUCACCCGGCCGACGUUAUGGUGAGCAAGUUGAAUGCGGAUAGGCAGGCUGGCGAAGGCGCUGGAAAGGCUAUGUCAAGGAUAUAUGGAAAUAUUGGGUUCUCAGGCUUGUGGAACGGCUUGCCUGUCAGAAUUCUCAUGAUCGGGACAUUGACAGCCUUCCAAUGGCUCAUUUAUGAUAGCUUCAAGGUCAGCAUUGGCUUGCCAACGACUGGCGGCCAUUAA